GAGACAACAUGAUCUAUGUACGCUGGAACGUACCAGAAAACAGUUUUACAGUUUUACCCUUUGUAGGGGUACCUUUUUUACCGGUUAGGGUUUGAAAUCUUCUCGUUUUCUCCUUCUCUUUUUGGAAAAUUCCCAAUAUCCCCACUCAAAGAUUCCCUUUUACGCUUGCUCAGUUGUCAACUGGGUUGUAAUUCUUUCUUCCUUCAAGGGCAUCUUUUGCCCUUCAUUUCUUUCAUUGUCUCCUUGGAAUUCUUGGAAUGAGCUGAGGGUGGUUUUGGAAGAAGGGUGGUUUUGUUCCCAACCCAUGGAUUUUUGGGUACCCACAAAACCACUUUUGCUCCAAAACCAGCGGUUUUGUUUGGUGCUAUCUUUUGAAACCAGGUUAGGGUUAGAUCUGUUGGAAUUAUUUUGUUUUGACCUUUUUUUUUUUUUUUUAAAUUUUUGGUAAUUUUUUGGGCUUGGGUUUUUCCGAGUAGUCAAUGAAUUCAGCUGAUUUGGGCCAAUUCCAGAAUUGUGUCAGCAGUCUUAUAUGAAUCUCCAGUACAUGAUGUCUUAGAUAUCCACUUGGCAUCUCUGGUGGAAGAAGUCAUUUGUAUUCAUAGAGAAAACUUACCCAUCCUUGAACUGGAGCUCGAAUGUAGUGUUGAUGGACACUGCAUGUACUUGUUACUGCCAGAUAGUUCUAUGGUGAGAGUGAUGAAUCUCUAGUACAUGAUGUUUUAGAUUUCCACCUGGCAUCUCUGGCGGAAGAAGUCAUUUGUAUUCAUAGAGAAAACUUACCCAUCCUUGAACUGGAGCUCGAAUGCAGUGUUGAUGGACACUGCAUGUACUUGUUACCGCCGGAUAGUUCUAUGGUGAGAAUGUAUUGAUGGGGUCAGAAUGCAUAGGAGCUCGUUCAAAAGAAGACACAGCUGAAAUACCUUUAGUUCCACCUGGCUUCAUUUCGCUGACAUCCUUCACGUUGAAGAGGGUCAAUGACGAUGUUACGAUGAGUAAUCGCAUGGCCUCUGCUGGUGCUUCUGAUUCACGCCAGGCACAAAUGGACAGCGAGCUGCACAUCAGUGAUGAUGCAAAGCUUACGAGGUCCCUUAGGCGUAGACCGUGGAUAAACUACGGUGUAUUUGAUAAUAGCUCGGAGGAAGAAUCAGACUCUGAACAGUUAGAUCAAGGUUUCUCUUCAAUACGUCGCCUACCAAAAGGGGUUAUUCGUGGAUGCAUAGAAUGCAGCAACUGCCAAAAGGUCAUAGCAAGGUGGCAACCGAAAAACGCAUGCAGGCCCAUCCUCGAUGACGCUCCUGUAUUUCACCCAACUGAAGAGGAGUUUGAAGAUGCUCUCAAGUACAUUGCGAGUAUUCGCCAGAGCGCAGAGCCAUACGGUAUUUGCCGCAUUGUUCCCCCUCCAUCUUGGAAGCCUCCUUGCCCUCUCAAGGAAAGGGAUAUGUGGGAAAAUUCAAGAUUUGCUACUCGUAUCCAACGGGUUGACAAGCUUCAAAAUCGGAGUUCAAUGAGAAAGAUGUACAGAUACUAUAUUAAUAUGAAUAGGAAAAGAAGACGCUUGAAACUGGGAAAUGAGUCCAGGACUAGUAAUGGAGAUAUUGCAGAAACUAAUGAACUUGGGAACCUUGACUUCAAUGAGAGGUUUGGGUUUGAACCAGGUCCACUAAUUACUUUGGAAGCUUUUCAAAAGUAUGCAGAUGAUUUCAAGGAGCAGUAUUUUUGCACGAAGGAUGUGGAUGCGGAUUCAAGAUCUAACCAGAAUGAGUUUCAAAAGCACCAGGAACCAACAGUGGAGAAUAUUGAAGGUGAAUAUUGGCGGCUGGUUGAGAAGCCGACUGAAGAGAUUGAGGUGCUUUAUGGGGCUGAUAUUGAAACUAGAGUCUUUGGUAGUGGGUUUCCUAAGGCAUCCUCUGUGCCAAUGAAGUCUGAUGCUGAAGACCGAUAUGUGAAGUCAGGUUGGAACUUAAAUAAUUUCUCAAGGCUCCCUGGCUCUGUUCUCUCCUUUGAGAGUGGAGACAUUUCUGGUGUUCUAGUGCCUUGGCUAUACGUAGGGAUGUGCUUUUCAUCAUUUUGUUGGCAUGUUGAGGACCACCACCUGUAUUCAUUGAAUUACAUGCACUGGGGUGCUCCAAAAAUGUGGUAUGGAGUUCCUGGAAAAGAUGCCUUGAAGUUGGAAGCUGCUAUGAAAAAGUAUAUGCCAGACUUAUUUGAAGAACAACCUGACUUGCUCCAUAAACUUGUCACGCAAUUGUCACCUUCCAUAUUGAAGUCUGAGGGAGUACCCGUAUAUCGGUGUGUUCAGCAUCCCGGGGAGUUUGUCCUGACAUUCCCGCGAGCAUAUCAUUCUGGGUUCAAUUGCGGCUUUAAUUGUGCAGAGGCUGUAAAUGUAGCUCCAGUGGACUGGUUGCCUCAUGGGCAGAGUGCCAUAGAGCUUUAUCGUGAUCAGGGGCGUAAGACGACUGUAUCCCACGACAAGUUGUUGCUAGGUGCAGCCAGGGAAGCAGUUAGGGCACAUUGGGAACUUUUGUUACUUAGGAAGAACACCUUAGAUAACUUAAGAUGGAAAGAUGUCUGUGGAAAGGAUGGGAUCUUAGCAAAGGCACUUAAGAUGCGUGUUGACAUGGAGCGUGCGAGAAGGGAAUAUCUCUGCAGUCCUUCACAAUCGAGGAAAAUGGAUGUCAGUUUCGAUGCAACCAGUGAGAGGGAAUGCAGCGUUUGUCUCUAUGAUCUGCACCUCUCUGCAGCAGGAUGCCAGUGUUCUCCAGACAGAUUCACGUGCUUGAAUCAUGCGAAGAAGCUGUGUUCAUGUGGUUGGAGCGAACGGUUUUUCCUCUUCCGCUAUGAAAUUAGUGAGUUAAAUAUGCUAGUCGAAGCUCUGGGUGGGAAAUUAAGUGCAAUAUACAGAUGGGCUCAUCUAGAUCUUGGACUAGCUUUAAGCUCCUAUGUCACCAAAGAUAAAUCACAAGAACCCCAGUCCAUCAGUAAACCGUCCUUGGAAAGAACAAAACAAAAUGAGCAUGGAUCACUAAAUGUAGUUAGUUCAAGUACUGUUGCCAAGAUUUCCCCAUUAUGUCAAGAGACCAACGGAUCCAUGUCGAGAAUAACCUCUUUUCAAGAACCAAAGGAGAGAGAAUGGAUAGCACCAAAUGGUAUUGAUCCUACUGGCAGCGAAGCCGAUCCCUCUGCAGUGCAGAAGUUAAAUCCAUCAUCAGCUACGUUGGCUUCUGAAGACGGAAGGAGUGUUCAUAUGGACAAGAGGACAGAAAUAGUAUAUUCGGAAGGCCGAAUUUUACAGCUUAGACCCUUACCCAAACCAGAAAUAGGAGAUUGCACCCUUCAGCUGAGCGAAGGGUAUGCAGUUCCACAUUCGAAUUUGCCAACCUUGCCAGCUUGCCAGCUUUCUCAAGAAGACAUGUCAUACACUGAGCCCUCAGAAAGCACCUCUAGUGAACAGAACUCUCUCGGGUGUUUUAAGUCGGUUCCUAAGGGUAAGCCCCCUUCAAGCAACUUGAAUACAAUAGAAACAAAGACAAACAGAAUUUCGUCCGUGGAAGACAGUGGUGUCAUAAUUCUUAGUGACGAUGAAGAUGAAGAUGCACAUGGGUCUUUCAUGGGGAGAAAAAUGGAUGAAUCUGCUGUAACAAAUUUGGAAACUUCUACAAGGUUGGUGAAUUGUGACAUCAAGGUAGUUCCCUGUAAUUAUCCAAAGGAUCCAGUUUCGGAUGCCCCCGAGAGAGGUGAUGUUAGUUUGCUCACGGUUAAAGAAAAGGAGGGCCUUCUCUCUCAUUCGGUUCGUGUAAAAAUUGAAGACCACGGAAAAGAUGAAAAUCGUGUUCAGUUCAACUUUAUGAUGCCGAAUGACACGAGUCACCCGCAGAAUCCUCAACCACUUGGGAUUGCAAAACCAAACAAUGAGGAUAAAGAUGAGAAACCCGUGUUGGGUUCUGGUCUGAUACUAAAGGACAGAGCACAGCAGCCCAUUGCAGGAAGCACACCAAAUAAUCAUGACAGAUAUUGUCGCCAGAAGGGUCCUCGCAUUGCAAAGGUGGUGCGGAGAAUCAACUACACCGUGGAGCCUCUGGAAUAUGGCAUCGUGUUUUCUGGGAUGUUGUGGUCUAACAGCCAGGCCAUAUUCCCCAAGGGGUUUAGAAGUCGAGUUAGGUACUUAAGCGUGCUAGAUCCAACGAAAAUGUGUUACUAUAUCUCAGAAAUCCUGGAUGCAGGACUGCUUGGACCUCUAUUUAUGGUGAAGGUAGAGCAAUGCCCAAGUGAGGUAUUCAUACAUGUCUCAGCUGCCAAAUGCUGGGAUAUGGUGAGGGAGAGAGUGAAUCAUGAGAUAAGGAGGCAACAUAGCCUCGGGAGAUUGACCCUUCCCCCUUUACAGCCUCCAGGAUCCCUUGAUGGCCUCGAAAUGUUUGGCUUCUCUUCACCCACAAUCAUUCAGGGUAUAGAGGCUAUUGAUUGCAAUCGUGUCUGUAUAGAAUACUGGAAAUCAAGGCCCGAAACCCAGAACCCGCAACCCUCUUCUCUACCUAGAAAUGCCACCGGGGAUACUGAAAGCAGGAUCAAGGAGGAAAUGAGUGAUGAUCGGGAGGUUAAUGAUGCAGAAAACCGAAUGCUCAAUGGGACCGAUAUGGUUCUCCGAGGCUUGUUCAAGAAGGCAGACCCUGAAGAGCUACACUCUUUGUGUGGCCUUCUGACUAGCGAUAAUUUGUGCUCAAAACAGGCGUUGAUUCGGCUCCUUGAUGAAGAGAUUCAGAGCCGCCCGCAACCGAAGCUCCCCUCUUGAGUGAUGAGACUCCCUUAUGUUGGGAUUCUGGCCGUUGAAAACUUUUUCUAUGCGGGCGCACUGAGUGGGUUGGUUUAGGGUCUGUUGGGAUGCUCCAUUUCAUCGGAUUGCAAUAAGUCCACUGAAGAAGCAAUCACCAAAAUGGGUGUGGCACCCAUUUUAAUUCAUAAUGACAACCAGAAUGUUAGUCACAACCAUGCAUUUCGUGAUGGGCUUGAAAUUACCACCGUGGUAAGUUGGAGGCUUAUUGCGGUUCAUUUCUAUUGGGUAUCCAAACAUGCCUAAUCCCACUCUUCCAUGAAUUUUGUAUUAGUGCAUGUAGUAGAUGUUGGUAAGUCUGGUAGAUCAGCCCAUUGUAAAUCAAUCAUACAAAUUGAGAAUUAGAGUUGAUAGAAAUGUAACAGUGGCUCCGCCCAUUUUUUCUAAUAAAAGAUUUUUAAGGUGCCACAUCUA